GGCUAGACACUACUUACUUACUAGACACAGAGCUGAGCUGAGAUCGAGCUCGGGAUAAACGAAAACAAAGGGAUAACUCCAGCUCCAGGGCACGGAUCGCUGGUGAAGAAAGGUCUUCAGCUAAAUUGCUUAAGAGUGAUUAGAACUGCAUGAUUUUGUUGAAAUUCAUGCCAAGCUGACUUGAGGGACAUGCUUUCUAAGAUGUUCAACUCGGCCAUCCUUACGUUUUUUCUUCUUGGCUGUAUGCUUGAGUGUGUGUAUACCGCUCAGCCUCCAAACAUCAUCUUUGUUGUCGCAGAUGAUCUGGGUUGGAACGAUGUCAGUUUCCACGGUUCUUCGCAGAUCCCGACCCCGCAUAUUGACGCCCUGGCACAAGAGGGCGUGAUUCUUACCAACUACUAUGUGUCGCCCAUCUGCACGCCAACGAGAAGUGCCAUCAUGACCGGCAAGCAUCCCAUACACACAGGCCUGCAGUACUCGGUUAUUAUAGCAGACGAGCCCUAUGGUCUUGGGACCAACGAGACCAUCAUGCCUCAGUAUCUCCGGUCUUUAGGAUACCGUACACACAUGGUCGGAAAGUGGCAUUUAGGGUUUUACAGCAAAGAGCAUACACCGAUCGAAAGAGGAUUCGAGUCGACGUUUGGCUAUUACCUUGGGCAACAGGACUACUUCACCCAUGAAACUCAAGUGAAAAGAAAGCAUACAUUAACUGGGUUUGAUUUUCAUGUGAAUGGAUCUAUCUACAAGCCAGUGUUUGGACAGUAUUCUACCGAGAUCUAUACAGAGAAGACCCAGGAGAUUAUUCGUAACCAUAAUCCCCAAGAGCCUUUGUAUAUCUACCUAGCCCACCAGGCGGUACACAGCGCCAACUACAACGGCCAGAGACUGCAAGCACCCUAUAAAUAUUACGAGAGAUUCCCUAACAUCACCAAUGAAAACAGGAGAAAAUUUGCAGCCAUGGUGUCUGCCUUAGAUGACUCUCUCGGAAACAUCACUCAGACUUUAAAGGAGAGCUCCCUCUACAACAACACCGUUAUAGUUUUUACGACCGACAACGGGGGACCCGCUCAUGGCUUCGACGCAAACUACGCCAACAACUGGCCACUGAGAGGAGUGAAGGACACGACAUGGGAGGGCGGGCUUCGUGGCGCGGGAUUCCUGUGGGGCGCCCUCAUUGAGAAGCCAGGGAGAACGAGUGAUGGGAUGAUGCAUGUAUGUGACUGGGUUCCUACGCUGUAUGGCUUAGCGGGCGGUAAUACCAGCACGCUUCAACAUCUAGAUGGUAUUGAUGUCUGGCCAAUGCUUUCAAGAGCGGAACCCUCGCCUCGCAAGGAAAUUCUGCACAAUAUAGACCCUGUGCGCAAUGUGUCUGCUAUACGUAUAGGAGACUACAAGCUUGUACAGGGUCAGAAUUACAAUGGUUCGUGGUCUGACUGGUAUCCACCAGAAGGCGAGUCUUCAGUCGAUGUGGAUUCUAAACCAGUCCCUAACGCCUUUGUCGUGAGCUGCCCGUCUAAGCCUGCCAAUGCCUCUACCAACUGUGAUCCCAAAGAGAAACCUUGUCUGUUCAACAUUCGCCAUGAUCCCUGUGAAUUUAACAACAUAGCUGACUGGAAUCAGGACAUUGUUGAGCUGCUCCUGACGAGAAUUGAAGAGUACAGAGCAACGAUGGUUCCCAUUAGGAACAAGAAACCUGACCCACAGAGCAACCCAAAAUACCAUGACAACUGCUGGGUCCCCUGGAUUAAUGAUACAAAAACAUAAAUUAUAGUAUAAUAUGUCUGAAGUAUUCUUUAAGAUUUUUUUUAACUCAUUUAUAUUUUGAUAAUUUAAAAUUUGGUAACAUAUAGUCUACAUGUAGUUUAUCCGUCUCCUUUUUGGCUAAAUCCAAGACAUCUGGUUAUCUUGUGUCCCAUAUGGACUUUGCCAAGUAAUUUGAAGUUCCAAACACGAAUUGACUUCAAAUAUGUAACUUUACUUCAUACUUGGUUUGAUCUUGGCUUUAGUUGUGGCUACUCACUUAACCCCUUGUCUAUG